CCCGAUUGUUGUUGUUGUUGUUGUGACGAUGGGGGAUGGUGUUGCUGCUGUGUGGCGUGGGCAUGCUCAGGAGAGUGCCCACUGCUGUCCUUGGACACUGGGCGCCCAGCAGCACACGGCAUCGACAAGCACGAACACAGUGCACCACGACACAGCUUGUUUGCCGGACGACGGAGGCCCAUCCACGAAACGAGCGAAGCUGUGCCAGUCUACAGCACCGCACCAGCAGCAACAUGAGGGCGCACAACAACACGCGACUGCAACAAGAACAGUGCCAUCAACUAUGGAUGAAGGCGAGGACGCGCCGAGGAUACCAGGCUCAUCUAUGCUCGGCCAUGCGACGCCUCAACCACACACGCAGACUCCAGAGGCAACAUCAGUCCAGUUCAGUGCAUGUCAAGCACCAGAGCUGACGCUGGCCAACGCAAACGCCCACCACGGCCCCCAACACGCCGACACUGCCGGGUCACUCGCAGAGCUGUGGCAAGCGUACAUGGACCAGCGGCUGGCCCUUGAGGAGCUGUGAUGUGACGUGCGAUGUGAUGACAGAUGACUUUGCCCUUUGAUUUCAGCUUUAUUCUUCGGGAGAGGCGUGUGUACGAGAUAGUGCUUGGUGAGCACACGUGUGUUGUUUAUUUCGCUGUUAAAUGUUACAUUGCAGUUGACGUGCGACGUUCGUUGCAUUGCCUUUUCCGUGAUCUGUGUGCCACUGUCCUGGGUUGGUCAGAGUGGCAGAAGCAGGAAGGCGCGAUAACCGAUGAUUAAACGGUGCAUUUCUGCCAA